CCCGUGUUUCCCGCCGUGUCGCCCUCUGCUUCCACCCGCCUUGACGAGACCAACGACCGCCACGACCAGUCUACGAUAUCUACCUCUGCCCGGCCAUCAAGGCAGCGCCAGCGACGCCACCAGAGACGAGCUGCCCUGCUCAAAACCGCCGGCCAGAGUCCUUCUCCCGACCAGAAACACCCUCACACCCAGAGACAUCAACAGCAAACACAGCAAGCACAGCAGAGACCGACACCACGCCGGCAGCUCACCCUUGACUCUAUAGAGCAGAGGCUCGGGGAUACCCAGCAGGAGGGCCUACAGCAGGCCUCGCGGCAGGGAGCUCGUCAGGGUAGCACUCGUCAGGGCACUGCGUCCUCGUACUGGCCGGCGCAGAGCAUCAGGGUCUCCCCCAGCACCACUUCGGCCAUCCUCUGGGUGCUUGAAGAGGCCAUCCGCACCCCUUAUCCUUUCACUGCAGACCCGGCUGAGCUUAACGCGUCCAUGUCGGAGCUCUUCGAGACCGCUCCAGCAGAUGUUGCCAACGGCCGCAGCAGCCAGCAUCACCACAACGGUGUAGCCGUUGCCGCCGGUAGGAACGGGAUGGGGCCCGGGCAGCAGCCUAUGUCUGUACCUGCACCUAGCACUACGGGUGCCACCCAUGCUCCCAGCGGUGUCCGCACCCCAACCGAUAUCAUGAGACGGCGGCGGGAGCGUGAACGGGCCCAGCUCAAAGCCGAGCAGGAGGCCAAGCUGAGAGAAGAGCAGCUACAGAAGCAGGCACAGCUGCAACUCCAAGCUCAAGCUCAGGCUCAAGCUCAGGCUCAGUCUCAGACUCAGGUACAUCACUCGGUCCCAAACAUCACGGUCUCCCAGGAUCCUGGCCAAAGGCAGAGUGGCAGGCAAGAUACCGUCCGGAUCGUUGCAGACGACCCGCAGAAGCCCGCCAGACAGCGGCCGAACAUCUCCCAGGCGGCCAAAAUGGCCGGUGGUUCACAGCAACAACAACAACAACAACAGCUACCAGACAGCUCAUCCAAACCACAGGCCAGUCAAUCUGCACCAGGUGGCCAACAGGAGCAUCAACACCAACCACAGCAGCAGCAGCAGCAACAACAACAACAACCAUCUAGGGGUAAAGCUGCAUUCCCUCACGCCUUUGAACGCUGGGAGAUGCUCUCCUCGCACUGGGAGGGCCUGACAAGCUACUGGAUCCGUCGUCUGGAGCAGAACAACGAGGAACUCAGCAAGGAUCCACUCAGCCAGCAAAUGUCUCGACAGGUUACCGACCUUUCUGCUGCCGGUGCCAACCUGUUCCACGCAGUCGUCGAGCUGCAGCGUCUCCGGGCCUCAUCUGAACGCAAGUUCCAGCGCUGGUUCUUCGACACCCGGGCCGAACAGGAAAGGGCCCAAGAGGUGCGCGCAGAGCUCGAGCGUAUGCUCAGCUCUGAGCGCCAGGCCCGCGCCGACGCUGUGGCCGCCCUCAAGCAGGCCGAGAGCGACAAGGCCAAGGCCCAGGAGCUGGCCAGGGAAGUCCGGCGCGAACUGCAGAUCUCCCGAGACGAGGCCCGGCGAGCCUGGGAAGAGCUCGGCCGCAGAGAGCAGGAAGAGCGAGACCGCACCAUCUCGCUCAGGAAUGGCGAGCCCACGAUCGUUGGCGGCGUCCAGGUCGUACCGAUGCUACAGUCCGUCCCCAGCAGACACACCAGCACCGCCAACCGUCCCCCAACUCGAGAGGGCCCUUAUCCAGGCGGGCCCAGCGCGACUUCAAUGGGUGGCCAGUCUCACCAACGCCCCUUACUGGAGACGACCGAGUCAACUGGGUAUGAUGACGAUGGCCACGACGCAGACCCCUUUAUUGAAUCAGGAAACCCCCCCGUUGUCCCUGAAGCACCGCAGCCUCCCCGCCAGACUGAGAGCGGUCGAAGCCAGUUCUACCAGCAUAACCGCCAGGUCAUCCACGGAGGCGCACAAGCAGGCGUCGGCGAUGUCCUAUCCGAAGACGGCCGCGCCCCUACAACCACUGUCGGCGGUGCAGCUUCUCUUACUGCUCCUAUCGCCGUCACAAACGGCGGCACUCAGCAUGUCUCUGACGGACGUCAACUCUCCUACCCUCGCGCCAUGUCCGAUGAUAGCGACGACUACACCACAGAGCCGUUCGACAACUAUGUUACCUACGGCUCCGGGCCGCAUGGCUCCCCUGGAGCAUACUGGAGGAGGACGAGCGAAGCCGUACUAGUCCUAGCCGCGCUUGCCAGACCAGCCGAAACAUGCAAUAGCCAGCGCUUCACCAUCUUAAUGCCGUCUCCUAUGUCCAUCUCCUAUGUCCAUCUCCUACCUUAUGUCUGUCUUAUGUCUUUUUUGCCAGUUCUAAUGUUCUAA